AGAGGAGAGGAUGGUGGCGGUGGAGGCGCUGGUUGCUGAAGGAGGAGGCGAAGGAUGGAGUCCGUAGACUAUGUAGAAGAGCUUCCUGAAACAGAUGAGCCUGUCUGGAUCUUAGGAAGGCAGCACCAUCUUAAAACAGAAAAAUCUAAGCUUCUUUUGGAUAUAAGUGCUCGUCUUUGGUUUACCUACAGAAGAAAAUUUUCACCAAUUGGUGGCACUGGCCCUUCCUCAGAUGCUGGCUGGGGCUGUAUGCUGCGAUGCGGACAGAUGAUGUUGGCUCAGGCUCUGAUCUGUCGACACUUGGGGAGGGAUUGGCAUUGGGAGAAACACAAAAGGCAACCUGAAGAGUAUCACAAAAUCUUACACUGUUUCCUGGACAGAAAAGACUGCUGUUAUUCUAUCCAUCAAAUGGCACAGAUGGGUGUUGGUGAAGGGAAGUCUAUUGGGGAAUGGUUUGGACCAAAUACUGUUGCCCAAGUGCUCAAGAAACUUGCACUAUUUGAUGAAUGGAAUUCCUUAGCCGUUUAUGUGUCUAUGGACAACACAGUUGUGAUUGAAGAUAUCAAGAAGAUGUGCCGGUUUCCAUCCCAGAACUGUUCCAGUACCCACUGCAGCUCCCUGUCACACAGGAGUGUGCUCAGCCGAAACAAGAGCCCUAUGGGGACCUGCUGUGGUUGGAAGCCUCUGCUGCUGAUUGUACCUCUUCGCCUGGGGAUAAACCACAUCAAUCCGGUUUAUGUUGAUGCUUUUAAGGAGUGUUUUAAGAUGCCACAAUCUUUGGGAGCUUUAGGAGGAAAACCAAACAAUGCCUAUUACUUUAUAGGAUUCUUAGGAAAUGAGUUGAUCUACUUGGACCCUCACACCACACAGAUUUUUGUAGAUUCUGAAGAAAACGGUGCUGUAGAUGACCAUAGCUUCCAUUGCCAGCAAGCACCACAUCGGAUGAAGAUAAUGAAUCUCGAUCCCUCUGUAGCUUUAGGAUUCUUUUGUAGAGAAGAAAAGGAUUUUGAUAACUGGUGUAGCCUUGUGCAAAAGGAAAUACUUAAGCAACAGAGUCUGCGAAUGUUUGAGUUGGUUCAAAAGCAUCCACCGCACUGGCCCCCUUUCAUACCUCCUACAAAGCCAGAAGUAACCACAACUGGAGCAGAGCUCAUUGAAUCCACUGACAAACUAUUUGAAUCAGAAGAAGAGUUUGAGAUCCUGAGUGUCUGAAGGAAGCUUCAGUUGACCUUGUGUGUGCCCAUGUGUAGCAUAUGAAUUGACUAAGACCACGGCAGCCUUUUCUCUCUCCAAAGUGCCUGC